AUGUCCGGGACACUGACGGCUACCCAGCCCGGUGCAAUGGCGCCCAUGUCGAUGAUACGCAAUGGGCCACGACCUAAAGAAGAGCCACGACCGCGGCUGUUGUUCAUUGGACCUCGCGAGUGAGUGAUCAGCGGACAGGCGGAGGAGGAACAGCUGCACGGCCGUGACCGUAGAGCCGGCGUGUAUGCACAGCGGCAGACAGCAGCGGCCCACCUCCUACAUCCAGUCUACGUGCCCGUGAUCGUGAUCGAUGACGUGAUUGGAUCGACCGAGUGCUGACCCGCUAUCGGCCGUCUUUGUCGGGCCUACAGCGCCGGCAAAUCGAGCAUCCGCAAGGUCGUCUUUGAGCGUAUGGCGCCGAGCAACACCUUCUUCAUCGAUCGAGGCAACAAGUCGGAUGAUGUCAAGUGAGUAGGGCGCCAUCCGCAGAGGGCACUCGUCGCUGCGCUCACCCUGGCGCCCCACAUCAGAUCCCGGCACUAACCCCACCGGUCUUCCCCCAGCUCCUUCGUCUCAAUCAAGAUGUGGAACCUCCCCGCUGGGCCUUUGGACCCUUCAUCGUGGACCUUCUCCUUCAGCGAAGUUGACGCCGUCAUUUUCGUCCUCGACGCAUCGAUGCCGUUCGCGGACCUGAUCCGGAAAUUGGCGCUGACGAUGCAAAACGGCUACGAAACGAACAAGGAGAUCCAGUUCGAGAUCUUUCUGCACAAAAUCGACAUUCUGAGUGUUGAUCAUCAGUUGGGUGAGUGGUCGUGCCCUUGCUCUCAUCUUGUGUCGUCGGAAUAUCGAAAUCCGUCUGAUUCGUUACAACCUCGCACAGAUACUCUGCAAAGUUUACGAGAUCGUCUCGGAGAAGAGCUUGACGAUCUAUCGCCAGAACUGGAGGCAUCAGUCCAUGUAUUCUACCACCUCACAUCCGUGUUUGAUGCCUCAAUCUACGAGGCGCUCUCGCGCGUCAUUCAGAAGCUGUUGCCGCAGCAGGCGUUUCUCGAGCGCUUGUUGGAUCAGCUCGUGCAGGUGAGCAUCUGAUCAUCUGUGAUCUCGGAACUACAUCAAGGACUGAUAGCAUCAUUGUCGGCAUACAGCAAUGCUCGAUGGACAAAGCUCUCAUUUUUGACAUCUCGUCCAAGCUCUAUCUCGCGACCGACACGACGCCCCUCGACAGCGACACCUAUGUGCUUUGCUCGGAUUACGUCGACCUCGUCGGCGACUUCACUCUCCUCUACGAGUCAGUCGCACCCCUCUUUUACGUUCAUCCUCGUUCGGAUUGCUCACACUGAAAAUCUCGGCUCGAUUUGGCCACCAGACCUUCGGACCUCCCAACCCCGUCGCAUUCUCGGUCACCCUCCAGAACCUCGAGUCAGCGAGGUCCUUCGGGCGUGCAAUCCAUGUCGCGCAUCGACCCAGCGUCCUCGAACAACACGCCCGCGACGUCUCGCACCAUGGCAAGCUCUUCCGACCCGGCACCGCCACAACGAUUACCUAGCAGCCGAGUCAAAUUGGGAACGGGCUCGACGAUAGCACAAUGGGCCAUCACUUCGUAAGCUUUUGUUUUCGCCUACAUGGAUAUUAUGUUCCAACUGACGCACCGACGUCACCUCCAUGAUGUUCACUCUCACAACGAAUAGCGAGCUGUCUCUUGUUGCUCUGCUGCGGCCAAACGUCAUGGAUCGAAAGGGCGCUUUGAUCGACUACAAUGUCGCCACUUUCCGAGAUGCGGUUCUCAACCUGUUCGAGCCCGAAGGUAGCGCCUCGCAUCGAUGA